AUGUUUCCUGGAAGCUCAACCUUACGCGUAACCUGUGGCUUUGCAACUGUGACACUUAUCUCAACCUAUCAGCAAGAACGUGGCCAGGUUACACGAGCCCUGAUCAGCUUCGACUUUGAACAUACAGCAGCCUUUGCCGACGGCGAUUCAAAGGCUCUCGCCGAAAAUUUGGCCGCACAUAAAGGCAUCAUCUCUGGCGCCGGGUUGAAGCAUUAUGCCGCAAACGUCCUCAAUGUGCCAGAGGAGAAUCAUCGAGGCAGUCUUUGGACAGGCGAACAUCUAGCUCUUGCGCGGUUCACCCGCUAUAUCGACAUCAACCCCGUUCCUUCCCACUCGAUAUUCCAGUACAUAGUCAGUCCCGAAUCUACUGGCUUGUGCCAGACAUCCACCUAUCUUUGA